AAAAAAAAAAAAAAAAAAAUGCAAGCCCAGGACCCGUACCUAAAUUAGGAACUAUUGAAGCCACCACACAAUAGUCGUCCACCGUCCACCGUCCUCCGUCCUUUUCUAUUCGUCGUUACUCGAUAAGGGAGGUCAGGUGGGGAGGGGGGCUCCAUUAUCUGCAUCGGCAAUGGAUUGUGGCUUUCCCAGGCUUAAAACAUACCCAUUCAGGGAAUGGGUUGAACCACGGUUAUGGAUGGUGAUUAUUCUAUGCUUGUUCUGCAAUUCAAAUCCCGAGGAUGGAUUUCGUGGAGAAGGGUCUUCUUCAUGGGGAGUAGAGUAUUUUGGAGAGUCUCGAGUCGAGAUUCGGGCGAUUUUGUUAUUUUUCUUCCUUGUGGUGGAAAGAUAAGGGGGAAAACAUACGGGGUACUAAACUAUACUCUACUAAACCCUGCAGGGUUUUCAAGACGCA